UCAACACGAUCGAUCUUCUAUCGAGCAAAAGAUCAGGCUCCUCUUCCUUGUAUUUCCCUCCCCUCAAGUCCCUUUUAUUUAUACCUAGAUGAUCCCGUAUUGACAAAGGUACCCAAUCAAAAGCUCUAUAUCUCAUCAUGCCUGCUAUCGAACAAGAUGCGCCCGCGACCAUCGCGCCCCAAAAGUCAACUCCGACUUUCGACCCCAAGGAUGUGACUGUCAUCUUCGUUCUCGGCGGUCCUGGCGCUGGUAAGGGCACUCAGUGCUCCAAGCUUGUCUCGGACCACGGCUUCUGCCACCUCUCAGCUGGUGAUCUUUUGCGUGCCGAGCAGGAAAGACCCGGUUCACAAUACGGAGAUCUCAUCAAGGACUACAUUCGAAACGGUCUCAUUGUUCCCAUGGAGGUGACUAUUGCUCUCCUCGAGAACGCCAUGGCCGCCGACCUUAAGGCAAAGGCUUCGCAAAAGGGGCGCUUCCUCAUUGACGGCUUCCCCCGUAAGAUGGACCAGGCCGUCAAGUUUGAAGAGACUGUUUGCCCCGCCAAGCUUGUCCUUUUCUUCGACUGCCCGGAGGACGUCAUGGAGUCUCGUCUUCUCGAGCGUGGCAAGACCAGCGGCCGUGACGAUGACAACGCCGAGAGUAUCCGCAAGCGAUUCCGUACCUUCAUCGAGACCAGCAUGCCUGUCGUCAACCGUUUUGAGGAGGUUGGCAAGGUUCUCAAGCUCGAUGCUACCCCUCCUCCUGACGAGGUCUAUGCCAACACUGAAAAGGCCCUUGCUGAAAGGUUGGGCCCUGACUUUUAGCGAUAAAGCGGUAUAAAUUGGAAUUGCAUAUACUUGGGAGGGGCUGUCCUGGAGUCGGGCUGUAUAGAAAUAAAAUUCACUAAUCCAUGUUGCUAAGCCUAUAAACGAUGAAGACUUUACGUCUCGGAUGAUAAUAGAACACUCUUGAAUACCUAUGUAGGGUCCAGUCGACAUGUAGUUUAUCUUGAAUGCCAGUCACUGGUGUAAUCCAAACGGACACGAUAAAUACACCUUCAA